AGUCAGUCACUCACGAGAUACCUCUGAAAUCCUCUGCUUUGAAUUCAUAUUUCUGCUGCUAAUCUCAGUUCAAUCCUAUUACACAAAUAACUCCCCCCGUGAAAAAUUCACCACUCUCCCUUUCCCCCCGGAAAACUCCCAUGAAUCUUCUCUUCAUUAUCCAUGAAACCAUGACAUGAUGAAUGAUGAAACCCCGCAAUAACUUCCUCUACUUGUUGAUCGUUUACAUGCAUCUCAUUUCCCUCCCAUGAAAUUUCCCUUUUUCCAAUGCUAACUUCAUGUUUCCAUGCAUUUUGCCUUCGGAAAUCGAAGAGCAAACACUUGCAAAUCCCUUCGUCGUCGAGGCCGCAGUUGAAUUCCGGUACGGUGAACAUGGAGAAGAAGAGAUUCGAUAGCUUGGAAUCAUGGUCGAUGAUUUUGGAUUCGGAGAACGUCGAGACGUGGGAAGUUUCGAAAGAGGAUCAAGAAGAGUGGACCGCCGAUCUUUCGCAGUUGUUCAUCGGCAACAAGUUCGCCUCCGGUGCUCAUAGUCGAAUUUAUCGAGGAAUUUACAAGCAGAAAGCUGUUGCCGUGAAAAUGGUGAGGAUCCCUAACCAAAUGGAGGAGACGAGAUCGAACCUUGAGCAACAAUUCAAGUCCGAAGUUGCUUUACUCUCACGUUUGUUUCAUCCCAACAUAGUUCAGUUCAUUGCUGCUUGUAAGAAGCCGCCUGUGUACUGUAUCAUCACGGAAUACAUGUCGCAAGGGACGCUGAGGAUGUACCUGAACAAGAAAGAGCCCUACUCGCUUUCGACCGAGACGAUCCUGAGAUUGGCUCUAGACAUAUCCCGAGGAAUGGAGUACCUUCAUUCGCAAGGCGUCAUACACAGAGACCUCAAGUCGAAUAAUCUGCUUCUGAAUGACGAAAUGCGGGUUAAGGUGGCGGAUUUCGGUACAUCAUGUCUUGAAACACAGUGCCGGGAAACUAAAGGGAACAUGGGGACUUAUCGAUGGAUGGCGCCGGAGAUGAUUAAAGAGAAACCGUAUACUAGGAAAGUCGAUGUGUAUAGCUUCGGGAUCGUGUUAUGGGAGCUCACUACAGCGUUGCUUCCGUUCCAAGGAAAGACCCCUGUGCAGGCUGCAUUUGCUGUGGCUGAAAAGAACGAACGACCUCCGCUGCCGGAGAGUUGUCAGCCAAUACUCGCGCACCUCAUAAAGCGCUGCUGGGCAGCAAACCCCGCAAAGCGGCCGGACUUCAGCGACAUCGUUUCCGCCUUGGAAAGAUACGACGAAUGCGUUAGAGAGGGCCUUCCGUUAACUUUCCACUCGGGACUUGUCAACCGAAAUGCCAUCCUUGAACGGUUAAAGGGAUGCGUAUCUAUGAGCUCAUCUAUACCUGUACAUGCCUAACUCUUAUAUAGAAAGAGAACAGCCGUUUGAAAGUCAAAACUCAAUUCGAUUACGUGGCGACACGUGGUUGGAUAGUUGCUUCAGCACUAGCUAAUAUAAUGAUGUACAGUACAGAACCAAAACC